GCAAGACUUGGCAGCUCCCUGUGCUUACAUCCCAUCAGCAUGAGAGUAUCCCUUGGACUCAGCUUCUUCCUGGCAUUCCUGCACCCAGGGAUGUGCCUCCAGUGUGAGAUAUGUCACAGCAUGGGAAAAAGCUGCUUUGGCCCCAUGAAAACCUGCACUGGUGGUGAAGACACCUGUGGCAUUAUUCUGCAUGAGGUCCUUAUAGGGGGAAUGGCCAUCUCUUCAUCCAUCAAGUCCUGCCUACCAUCCCACGUCUGCCACCUUGGCCCUGUCACCGUGAACUAUGGGAAGGUGAAGGCAAAGAGCCACUUGGUUUGCUGCACGGGCGAUGACUGCCGGACCACCUCCGUGUCAUUGCCUCCAGAUAACAAUGUGCCCAAUGGAUACCAGUGUCCUGCCUGCUACAGCGUGGACUCCUUUCAGUGUGGUAAUGAAGUUGUAAACUGCACUGGAUCUGAAGACCAAUGUGUUGACCUUGCUGGGUUAAUGAAUGCUGGUGGAUUGUCUCUGAAAGCUGCCAUGAAGGGUUGCACCACCAUUUCUGAAUGCAGUAUGGUAGGAGAUGGAAAAAACAGCCUCGGAAUGAUGGACAUAAAGUUGAAACGGUUCCAGUGCAGCCCAGCUUCUGUUAUGUACAGCGUGGCAUUCACUGGGGCUGCCCCUCCACACCCAACCUUCCUUCCUAUCCUAUCAGGAUUCAUCCUGGAGAAGGUACUUUUCUGACUCUCACUAGUGCUGGGUUGAGCAAAACCCACAGCAAACUCCAGCAGUGGUUUGCAACUUAGUCCUUUUUGCUGUGGCUUCUACUUCAUCCUAAUGGGGAUUUUAUUUUCAGAUAAGCUCUCCUUUUCUAUUUUCACAGAAUAAAGACAGUACUUACA